AUGUGUCCACGCACCCACAAAGCUGAAUUAAAUAAGUUUGGUAUCUUUGAGCUCUGUUCAUAUCUAUCUAUCUAUCUAUCUAUCUAUCUAUCUAUCUAUCUAUCUAUGUUCAUAUCUAUCUCAAUCUGUUCAUAUCAAUCUAUUUAUCUUAGUGUGUUCAUAUCUAUCUAUGUAUCUCAGUAUGUUCAUAUCUAUCUAUCUAUCUAUCUAUCUAUCUAUCUAUCUAUCUAUCUAUCUGAGUGUUUUCAUACCUAUCUAUCUAUCUAUCUAUCUAUUAUGUUCAUAUCUAUCUAUAUAUCUCAGUAUGUUCACAUCUAUCAUCUAUCUAUCUAUCUAUCUAUCUAUCUAUCUAUCUAUCUAUCUAUCUAUCUAUCUAAAUCUGUUCAUAUCUGUCUAUUUCAGUGUGUUCACAUCUAUCUAUCUAUCUAUCUAUCUAUCUAUCUAUCUAUCUAUCUAUCUAUCUAUCUAUCCCAGGGGUCCCUAAACUCCGACGCGCGAUGUCAGUUCAUACGCCCCAUCCCCGUCGCCGAUCUGUGCCACAAAUGA